AUGCAAUUAAAGUGUGCAGAAUACUUAAAAGAAGCUGUAUUUAUAAUACUUAUUUACUAAGGUAACUACUAAUAAUGAAUAAGCCAGAUAUACAUUUAUGUCAAAAGCAUGUAAAUAAAUUGCUUAGUUAUUGCCCUUUCAAUCUAUGUGGCAUUUGCUAUUAAAAUAAGAUUAGUUGUUUUUUUAUAUGUUGAUGUUAUAAUCAAUGUUUGGAUAGAAUAUCAAAAUGCUAUUAGAAUUAAUAAUAGAAAGAUUUGCUCCUAUAACUUAGUUCCAAAUUUAAUUUCUUAAUGCAUGUUCAUAAAUAUUCUAACAGGACAUUAAUUUUCUAUCAGAUGUUAUGAAAAGUCAUAUAUCAGGAAUUUUUAAAGAAUGUAUAGUCUAACUAUAAUUCUUUAUAAAGCAAAUUCCAAAAAAUGAUUCUAAAGAAGGUUAGUCAGUUGCAGAAUAAAUAACAUAAGCUUAUAAGGCAAUUUUGUAGAAUAUUCAUGAUGAGAAAGUUACUUUAGAGCUUUACAAUAGUUUCCAGGGGAUUGUAAAUAAAUGGCCAUUGAUACAUGAAUUAAAUCCAUUAAUUUUUCAUGAGAUUGAAGAAAUAAUAGCAACAAGAACCCCAAGAAAUGUUGAAAUAUAAAUUAUUGAAGAUUAUCUCGAAUGUGAAUCUCCAACAAGAUCUAACUCUAUCAGAAAAGAAAAUUAAGUUGUUGUUGAAUUAUAGAGAUGGUUGAGUAAACUAAAUUAUCCUAUUCCUGUUAUCUCAAAAAAAAUUGCUAGCAGUGUAAUUAAUUCAUAAAAUAUGUUCAAAUUAAAAGAUAAUUUAGAAAUCAUGUUAUCUUUUAUUUAUUGUCCUUUGAAAUAUGAACCAGCUAGUUGUGUAAAAUUUUUGAUAAUUUAAGUGGUCUAGAAUAGAAUUAAAUAAAACUAUCAAUCAGAAAGAUAUUCCAAAUUUAAAAGAUUGUUUUAAUCUAAAUUCACCAGCCCAUUUAUAUCAUAUUCGUUCCAUCCGAUCUUUGUAAAGUUUAACUGAUGAUGAGAAUCACUCUAUUAUUGCUAAAGUUAAUCCAGCAUAUUUAAAAAUUGCUUGUAUUUAAAUAUCAUUUUAUUUAAUUAGUUUCCUAUCUUUCUAAAUGUUUUGAUGAAGACUAAUUAAAAUACUGUAAUUUUAACCAUUUAACUUAAUUGCUCACAUUUUAUCUAGAAAAAGAAUAAGAUAUUUCAGUUUACUUUAUUUUAUAUUACAAUAUCCCUUAUGCAUUCUUUUAUUAUAUAAAUUAUGAGUAAGCGUCUUCUUUUUUAAUCCACUUAUUUACAUAAAUUAAUUUGAUGACUCAUAAUCAAUCGGAACAUACAUAAUUGUUAUAUGAAUAAGUUUGGAAUUAUUUUAAAGCUGCUAAUUUAUUUACUGAUUUAAUUAAUACUCUGUUUAAUCCAACUUAAAAGAGUGGAUUUAUACUAAAAUGUUCGUAAGACUUUAGAAAUAAUUAAAUGAUAGAAGUCUUUAAACUUAAUCCAGAUUUUUAAUUGAAAGAAAAGAUAUAUUAAUAAAAUGACAAUAACAAUUUUAAUUAUAUUUUGGAAGAAAAAAUACAUCUAAAAUGGGAUAUUGAUUAACUUAAGCACUUUAUUCAUAAAAAAACUAUUAAAUAACUCUCCUUUUUCAACAAAUCUAUAAAUAAUAUCAUACCAUUAACAAUUGAAAAACCUGCAUCAAUGAUGGAUGUAAUUAGAAAGGCAAUUUAAAAUGUUGAAACUGUUUCUGAACCACAUAAAAAAAAGUAAAUAAAUACAGGAAGAGAAAGAUUAAUUGUUCUUCGAAGUGCAUCACUUAUGUUUGAUUUAGAAGAAUAAGAUUAAGUUAAAGAUCCAUUUCUUCCAUAUGAUUAUAAUCCUAAUCCAUUAGAAUUAAGAUUAGAAACUAAAGAGAGUAAUAAUAAAUUUGAUUAGAAAUCUCAAACUUUAAUGAAGGACAGUUAAAAAAAUCUUUUUUAGAAGCAUUCAAGAAAUUAAUCAUUUUAAUUAUAUCCUUUAUCCUUAAAUGAUAUUAUUUAAGGAAAGUGGGAUUAAGAAUAAUUAUCAUCUCAAUUUUAAAUUGAAAAGUAUAAUUUUUUUUAAUCCUUAGCUUAAUCAAAGAUGAACCCUUCUGCUAUAAUUUAACAUAAUUUCUGUCAAUUUUAAUUUAACAUUUAAUAUUGGCAAAACAUAACUUAAUUUAGAAAAAAAAUUGUACUAUUGAAAAAAGAGAACAAUAUUUGGGAAUAAUAUUUUAAGAAAUUAAUACAUCAGUAUUUGACAAUUUGAUCAAAGUAUCAUCUUUUAAAUAUUUAGAUAUAUUUAUUUAAAAUUAAAAUUAGUCCAUAUGUCAAAGAAAAUAGUGCUAUAUUAUGUGGAAAGCUAGUAAAUUUCAUCUUAAAAUAAAAACCUGAUUAUGUUAAUUUUCAAGAUAAUGGUCAGAUUUAUGUAGAUUAUUUGUGUAAAAUAAUAAUUAAUUCAUUAUCUUGGAAAACCUAAAAUGAUGCAAAAAUAGAAUUAGACAUUAGUAAGAUUCUUUUAUUGGAAACUUUAUGUUUAUUAAUAGAAAAUGGAGUAUAACGAGGAUAAUUAAAUUUACUAAAUAGAAUAACUGCUACGACAUGGAGUUGUCUAAUAGAAAUAUGUAAACAUUAUCUUGCAAUAAGACCGAAUUAAAUAUAUUAAGGGCUUUUUUUGAGAAUAUUAAAAUUAAAUAUGGAAUUUGGUUCAGAUUUUAAUAUACACACUAUCUUUAUGAAAUUAAAUUUAUUAAGUAUUCUCAAAUAACUUUCAGAACUAACCUAAUAAAAUGGAGUCCCUAAUAAAAGAUUUAGCUAUCUGAAUUAAUUUAUAAAAUCUGCAUGCUCUCUCUUAUAGUAAUAUAUCAAUAAAAAUUCAUCAAAAGAAUGCUUUAAAAUAAUCUAAAACCUCGAUUCAUGGAAGCUGUUAAAAUAAUAAUACAGAAUACAUUCUCAUUAUCAUGCUAGCAGUUUUUAUAGCGUAGAUUCAAGAGUUGGAAACAAUUCGACUCCAGCAACCAAUCAAAGUUUAGCAAAAAUUAGAAUUCGAAGAUCUACUCAUUCUAAAAUUUAAAAAGAAUGA